AUGACAGCAAAGGAACCCCUCGGCCCGUGGGUUUUGAGCCCUGUGGGGGAGGUCAAAUUAAUGCCCAAACACAGGCUGGAGGAGGUCUCAACAGGAAUCAACAGCUGCAACCAGGAAGUAAUGGACCAUCACACAGACAUGCCCACUGAGGAACAUGCAGACAGUCUGUGCACUGAGGAGCCGUUCUGUAGGAUCUGCCAUGAGGACGGGUCCUCCGGACAGCUGCUGUCUCCCUGUGACUGCUCUGGGAGCCUGGCCAUGGUGCACCGGGCCUGCCUGGAGCACUGGCUCACCACCUCCAACAGCAGCCACUGUGAACUCUGCUACCACCAGUUUGCACUGGAGCGCCUGCCAAAACCUCUGACUGAGUGGUUGUGCUCUCCAUCCAUGCAUCAACAGAGGAGGACUCUGUGUGGAGAUGCAGUAUGUUUCCUGUUCAUCACACCACUGGCCAGUCUGUCAGGAUGGCUCUGUGUCCAGGGAGCCAUGGACCUCUACUACACCAACGGCAUGGAGGCCCUGGGGCUGCUGGUCCUAACACUGGCUCUGUUUACCAUAUACAUCCUCUGGACCAUGGUAUCUGUACGCUACCACAUGCAUCUGUUCAGGACGUGGAAGAAAACCGACCAGAGAGUGCGCCUCCAGAUUCCCCUGUCUGGCCACACCACACAUAACCAACAGACCCUGUCCAUAAACACCCUCAGCAAAGCCACCAAAAAAGAGACCAUGGUGUAG